CGACUCCACGAGGGGAUUCGUUGCUGCGUCUGUGGCUCCCCCUUUCUUGCGAGCGUUCUGAGCCUCUCUUCACAACAGCCAUCCCCGUCGCCUCAGGAAGACUACCGCAAGAUCCACAAUGACUGCUGCCGUUGCCAAGAAAGCCGUGAGAUGGCACAAGCUCCCCUACACCAAGUUCCUCGCGCACGAGUCCAAGCGUGAGCACUUCCAGCCUUUCCUCAUCGCCGGAGUUGCCGCUUGGGUGAUCUGCGGCAUCCUCCCCACGCGUGGCGCCACCCAGGAGGAUAAGGAGAAGAGCAACUACUGGAAGCGCGUCAACGGCAAGUUCGACUACAGCCACCACUAGGCGCCUACUGAAUGAGCGGGGUCUGCACGUAGGUUAACGGCUCGGAGAUGCCGUAGACAGGUGCAGCAGGCAAGAGAAGAUGAUGGUCGAGUAUUUGUAUCGACGAGGAUACUCAUUGGGCUGCGUAUCUGGCUUACGACGCUUCGUCUGUGGUCACAGCGUUGUCUACGCGACAAUUGAUUCAAACCCCACAAGAAAUACACCUAAUGCGUGCAUUUUCUUGCUACUUGGAGUGUUUAUUUGCGUCGUUGCUCUUGUGGAUAUCUUAUAGGAUAUCUCGCUGCAUUGAGCGCGUCUAGCAAGGUUGUCGAGUGCUUGAAGUGACCAAAGAGACAACUAUCCAGAGGACGGAGAUAGGUAACAUCUCAAACACUUGAAUCUAUCCUAUAUUACCACGGGUCCCGUGGUUAUCCAGCUAUGCCACGAGAUCAUUAGAGAAAGUGUUUGAUUACCUCGAUAUGUCCACAAUUGCGUCGACAAGUUGAUGUUGAUAACCACGGAUAAGCUUUCGACGUCAGCACCAGAUGUGAAAAAAAAAUGCUCGCCCUUCCGGGUCCUCCUGUUUAGGUACGAGAGCUUUCUGCUUGCACAUAGUGGACGUACGUAGUAGUACUUCGUAUUUUUUGCGUAGCGUCCGCAACAUGAAUCCGUUCCUGCAGACCAGAGUUUCUGUAGUCGGAUACACUAUCUCAGCAGGAGAAAACAAACAACAAAGCUGGUCUGAAUUAGG